AUGAGAAUGAAUCAAAUUUCUUUGUUAAUAUUGUUUGCUUUAGUUGCUAUUGCAGUAGCGCAAAUUCCAAGUCAAGUUCCAGCAGGUAGAGAACCUUUUCCGGCUAGACAAGUCAACAAUAGAGAAAGAGAACGACUUCCAAACGAACUUCCAAACCAACUUCUUACUAGGGAACCAUUCUCUAAUCAAGCUUUCGUUAGCAGAAGUCAAUUCGACAGCAUCCGUGAUAUUGACUGUAGACAACCUGCCGCAAAUUGUCACUUUACAGAAGAAAUUUGUGAUAGUCAAGGACGCUGUUUUCGAACCAAUGGAUCAUCAUUAGCCGCAUCAGUUAACAAAAUGGUUGUCAUUGCUUGCGGUAUUAUCUUUGCCAUUAAAAAAUUUAUAUAG